UUUUAGGCCUUGUUCUCACUACUCUUUAUGUAGUGUUCUUAACUGUGAGGAUUGCUUCCAUAUUCGUUUCUUCAACCGCAGUUCACAUAUAUGAUUUUCAUAUAUUUACAGUCAUUUACGGGUUUCACCUUGUUGUGUAAGACCGCUGGUGAAUGAAUGGAGGCUUGGGUACAAGGCUAACCGUUAUGUUUAUUCGCUGUGAAACAUUGCAUGACGUAAUAUAUAUUUAUUUAGUUGGUUGGUCAAUAAAAACGAGUCAGUAUAGUGGUAGUCUGCCGCCUUUAUCAUCUGGAGCUGUCGUUAAGGUUAAUCAAAAUUCCGUCCAUAAUUCAUUAUGGCCUUUGUGGAAUAGAAACUGUAACCUCGCGUAUAGCACAAUGGGAAGUUGCGUCAGCUCACAAGAGGCUGUCGUCAUCUCUAACGAGACGAUACAGCCGGACAAGUCAGAAAAGUCUGGCAAAAAUGACAAACAGGACGAUGGGGUCGUUAUCAAAGCCAACACACCUUGGCGUAACCUUGGUUAUGAAGUCUACAAAGGACUUAUGGGGGAAGAAUUAUUCAGAGAGAAAGUUGAGGAAUUCGAAAAGCCUCUUCCUCCACCUGGACUUUUCGCUCAAAGCAGAAUUGCAUAUGAUACUACCAAACUCAAGUUAGUCUUUGGCGCGAUCGUUUUAGUUAAGGGACAACGAGCAACUCACCCAGUUGGAGUUGGAUCUGAGGGGAUUGCGACAAUUGUCUCUAAUCCACAAUUUCCAGCGUGUGAGUUUUUUACUCCUGGAACUACGUACCCAGUCUGCCUCCGUCACUCUACUAUCAAGUCCGUGGAUGACGUACUGACUGACUUUUGCGGCGGGGCGUUAAGGUUUGCCGGAAGUGAUGAAAUGGAUAGUCCGUGCGAUCUCAUUAUGGGGACUGGACCGACAACACCAUUAUGGAGUUCUCAGGCCAUAUUUGAUGCAGUAAGAGCCAAUAUCACAAAGGAUUUGAAAACUUAUUUGCUUCUCGGGCCUGAUCAUCUCAAAGCCAACAUUGGAGGUCUACGCCAAAAGCCUGAAUCCUUUUACGACCAGCGAUAUUACUCAGAAGUGAUUUUCGACUUCAAAGCAUUCGAUGAAGUGAAGCGUUACGUCAGAUUCCGGCUGCUGCCCACUGAUGGGCGACCAGAAACAGGCUUGUUGUCUGAGGAAGUCCAGUGGCAGCCAUGGAUAAAUGAAAGGUCACCCGAUGAGACUUUACCAAUGGACUACCUCAAGCGUGAGUACAAAGAGAGAGUUUCCAAGGGACCACUCGACUAUAAACUACAGCUGCAACUCCAUGAACCGAAGGAAAAUGAUCCUCCAACGAUCCUUCAAGUUGGGAGGGAAUGGGACGAGAAAACACAUCCAUGGCUUGAUGUGGCUGACAUCAAAAUGACGUCACUAUUGUCCCCGACGGCAACGGAACGCCUGAAAUUUAUUCAUAAAAAUCUUCCUGCCUCAAUUGGUGUUUUACCAGCCGUAUCUGUUGACGAUCCCAAUGUCGUUGUCCAAAUUCGUAAUGACGUGUACGUUUGGUCUCAGAAGCUACGUAAAAACAGAUCAAACAAGCUUGUCCCAGAGCACCUGACAUCCUAUCUUAUCCGCGUGGAAACUGGAGGCCAGUCUGGAGCAGGAACGGACGCUUCCAUUUCUAUUACAUUAACAGGCACCAAAGGAAAGACAGAUAUGAUUAAACUGGAUAAAUGGGGAAAUGACUUUGAGAGAGGAGACGUUGAUGAAUAUUCCGUUGAGGCAAUGGAUGUUGGCGAAAUUCUUAUGGUGCAUCUUCAUAAUGACCAAGGUGGUUGGUGGUACAAGAAUCCUGAUUGGUUCGUGAACAAGAUCGCGGUGAUAAGUUCCUCUCAGGAUGAGCCAUUUGAGUUUCCAUGUUAUCGCUGGGUGCUAUCUGAUUUGGUGGUAUUUGAAGGGAGAGCUACUCUUCCAUUCCAAGAGCAGCCAGAUGCCGUUAAAAACCAACGAAUUUUUGAAGUAAAAAAUCGCCAGGAGUAUUACAAAUGGGGAAAUCAGGAGGUGUACCAGGAACUUCCUGGUUAUCUUCAAGCAGCGACACAUGCAGAUAUUCCAAGGGAUUCGCAGUUCUCUGAUGAAGCUAGGAGCACCAUAAAGGAAGACAUUAAAAAAGCGAUUUUAAAACUCGGUCUCGGUUAUUUGAUGACACUUUUCGACAGCUGGGACAAUUUCGAUGAUUUUGAAAAGAUCCUUCAGAGCCUUAAUCGUGGUCGGCUGAAGAUAGUCGAAGAUGACCGAUGGAUGACCGACGAGGUAUUCGGGUCAAUGUUCUUGAACGGCGUAAAUCCGAACAUCAUCCAGCGCUGUGAGAAGUUGCCAAAAAAUUUCCCUGUCACUGAAGAAAUGGUGAAAAGCUGUAUGAAUCGAGGAACGACUCUGCAAGAGGAAAUGCAGGCAGGUCACGUGUACAUUGUUGAUUACAAGAUGCUUGAAGGAAUUCCAGAUAGAGAGGGCACUUACUCUACACAACCUCUGGGUCUGUUUUAUGUCAACGCUUCAGGCGACCUGGUUCCCAUUGCCAUUCAGUUUUUCCAGCAACCAAGCGACACCAAUCCAAUAUGGACUCCAAGUGAUUCUCAGUAUGAUUGGCUGCUGGCAAAGAUGUGGCUGCGUAGUGCUGACUCUCUAGUACAGCAGGUAAAUACCCAUCUACUCGAAACCCAUCUUGUAAUGGAACCAUUUGCUGUGGCGGUAUGGCGACAGCUGCCCUCGAUUCACCCUGUCUUUCAGCUCCUUUUUCCACACCUUCGCAGUGUGAUGGCGAUCAAUAACUUCCUUAGAACUGGCUUUGUAGCUGAGAACAAAAGAGCCCAAGAGAUCCUUAAGAAAGGUUUCAAGACUUUCAAGUUUGGUAUGCUUUCACUUCCCGACGCCUUAAAAGACAGAGGUGUUGAUGAUCCGGAGAAAUUACCCAAGUUUUAUUUCAGGGAUGAUGCCCUCUGUCUUUGGUCAGCCAUUACAUCUUUCAUAAAAGAGGUCAUCAUCCUUUAUUACAAGUCAGAUGAUGACGUCACCAACGAUAACGAGCUCCAAGCUUGGAUUAAAGAUGCUCAUGACAACGGCUUUUUAGCGGGGGAGGUCGGCGACGACCACGGAUGUCCAAACGGCCUUGAAACACGUAAUCAACUCAUUCAUGUGCUAACAUGCUUGGUGUUCACGUGCUCAUGUCAGCAUGCUGCAGUAAACUUUGGUCUGUUAGAUGUGGCAGGUUUUGUUCCCAAUGCUCCCUCGGUGAUGCGCCAACCGCCUCCUACGAAGAAAAACGAGACAACUCUCAAGUCCAUUAUGGACACACUGCCGAGCAAGUCCCAGGCUGCUCAACAAGUAGCGUUGGGUUACGUCUUUACACAAUUUGCAGAGGAUGAGCGUUAUAUCGGUGACAUUACACACAGCCUCUUGACUGGUGACGAGGAAGAUGCCGCCAUGACUCGUUUCCAAGUCGCUCUUCAAAAGAUCUCCGAUUCGAUCAAAGCCCGCAAUGAAUCAUUGGAAUUGCCGUACAUCUUCCUCUUACCCGAGAGAAUUCCCAAUAGCAUUGGUGUCUGAGGUUAAUAGACAAAAUUGAACAAUAAACAAUUUUGCAGAAGAAAUACGGCGCUUUUAAGCCCAUAAGUUUGUUGUGCGGUGUAUAUUGCAUUUGGCAUUGGCGUCAAAGACAUUAUCGCAUCUUUUUUUUGUUUCGUUUUUGUUGCUGUUGACAUCUGGUUUUGGCCUCUAGUUACAACAGUUCUCGAGGUUUGUUAUGUAGCUGUUUAUAAUUUUCAACUAUGCGUAAUUACACUUAUCCUGGUCUCAGUGUGGGAUCCAUGCUAUGUUUACCUUCCUUUCAGAGAAUAAUGUCGAAUUUUUCUUUGAAAGUGAAUAUAUUUAUCGCAAUAUUUACACGGAUAACAAUUACACAACAUUUUUUAAUUUUUUUUUAUUUUGCCUGCCUUGAUGAAUAGUUCUAUUUUUAUACAAGUUUUUAAACUCAAGUCCUGAUCAUAGAAUUUUUUCUAUGACAAAACGUUUACCAUUUAUUGCGUGACAGAGAAUUUAUAAAAAUAAACCUCCUUGAUAUUUUUA